AUGCCAAACGAAGUUGAACCUUUGGAUCCGAUUAGGAUCAAGCCAAAUGAGAAGCGACGUGUCGCUUACUUUUACGACUCCGAUGUCGGGAACUAUGCUUAUGGCACUGGCCAUCCCAUGAAACCUCACCGGAUACGCAUGGCUCAUAGUCUUAUUAUGAAUUACGGACUUUAUAAACAUAUGGAAAUUUAUAGAGCCAAACCCGCGACCAAGCAAGAAAUGUGCCAGUUCCACACGGAUGAGUAUGUGGACUUUUUGUCUCGUGUGACACCUGAAAAUGCCGACUUAUUUGCCAAAGAACAAGUCAAGUUUAAUGUAGGUGACGAUUGUCCGGUGUUUGACGGUCUAUUUGAGUUUUGCGGAAUUAGCGGCGGUGGAAGCAUGGAGGGAGCUGCUCGGUUAAACCGCGAAAAGUGCGAUAUUGCCAUCAACUGGGCUGGAGGAUUGCACCAUGCUAAAAAGUCCGAAGCUUCUGGGUUUUGCUACUUGAACGACAUUGUUUUAGGUAUCAUUGAACUGCUACGGUAUCACCCGCGUGUCCUGUAUGUGGACAUUGACGUGCACCACGGUGAUGGCGUGGAAGAAGCAUUUUAUAGCACAGACAGAGUUAUGACAUGCAGCUUUCACAAGUAUGGUGAGUUUUUCCCCGGUACUGGUGAGCUGCGUGAUAUUGGUGUGGGCAAAGGCAAACACUAUGCGGUGAAUUUCCCAUUCCGCGACGGAAUUGAUGAUGAUAAUUACAAGUCUAUUUUCGAGCCUGUAAUUACGGCCAUUAUGGAGUGGUACCAGCCCACAGCUGUUGUGCUGCAGUGUGGUGGAGACUCGCUUUCUGGCGAUCGGCUGGGAUGUUUCAACCUGAGUAUGCACGGACAUGCCAACUGUGUCAAGUUUGUCAAGAGCUUUGGGCUGCCAACUCUGGUGGUUGGUGGUGGUGGGUACACUAUGCGAAACGUGUCACGAACAUGGACUUACGAGACUGGUAUUCUGAACAAUAAGAUUGUUGGUCCGGAGAUUCCAUACAAUGACUAUUACGAGUACUAUGGUCCAGACUACCGGCUGGAGGUACGCCCCUCUAACAUGCAGAAUGCAAAUAGCCGCGAAUACCUGAAUAAGAUUUUAACUCAAGUGCUGCAGAACCUGUCACGGACAAAGUUUGCUCCAAGCGUACAGAUGCAAGACGUGCCUCGGGACGCAGAGGAUGUUGGCGAUGUAGAGGAGGACACUGCUGAGGCCAAGGACACGCGAGGCGGGUCACAGCAGCGACGCGACGAGAAUGUGGAGGCCACAGGCGAGUUUUACGAUGAUGAAGAUGCGACUGGUGGUAAGAAUGUCAUGGAGGUGGACUAUAGUCAGGUUUGA